AUGCCUAGGAAAAGAUCCCGUGCUAGAAGAGUACUAGAGGAGUCAUCAUCCGAUGACGAUGAAUUGCUAAUAUUAUCGACUGCUCAACUUGUGCAAGCCGCCUUCUCCAAUGAAAAAGGAAAACACGGUGGCUCUGUGAAAGGUCAUAGAGUUCUUCACCGUGAUAGACAAGGUGGACACGACAGGAUGUUUCAAGAUUACUUAGCGGACAAUCCAACAUACACCGAUGAGAUGUUCCGUCGGAGGUACAGGAUGUCUAGGGACCUUUUCAAGCGCAUAAUGAAAGCUGUGGAAGAGCAUGAUGAUUACUUUGUCCAGAAAAGAAAUGCGGCCAAUGUUCUUGGACUGAGUUCCUUCCAAAAAAUCACUGCAGCAAUGCGUAUGCUUGCAUAUGGGGUUCCUGCUGAUGCGACAGACGAGUAUGUUCGCAUUGGCGAGAGUACUGCACUUGAGAGCCUGCGCAGAUUUGUUCGGGCAGUUAUUGAAGUUUUUGGUGAUGAAUACCUCAGGAGCCCUAAUGAAAAGGACAUAGCACGCUUACUUGCAUUGGGUCAGUUCAAGGGGCAUUGCGACAAGCCCACUAUCAUUUUGGAGGCUGUUGCUUUAGAAGACCUUUGGAUAUGGCAUGCCUUCUUUGGAAUGCCCGGGUCUCACAAUGACAUCAACGUUCUUGAUAGAUGUCCCUUGUUUGAUAACUUGGCGGAAGGUAUUGCUCCAGAAGUGAAGUUUACCGUUAACGGCCAUGACUACACAAUGGGUUAUUACCUUGCAGAUGGUAUAUACCCCUCAUGGGCUACUUUCAUCAAGUCCAUCACUCUGCCUAUGGGGAACAAGAAGCAAUAUUUUGCCAAAGCACAAGAAGCAGCGAGAAAGAUGGUCGAGAGAGCUUUCGGUGUUCUUCAAUCAAGGUGGGCAAUUAUUCGAGGACCCGGACGUCCUUGGGACAGUGAGACUUUGGCACUGAUCAUGAGGGCUUGUAUCAUCAUGCACAACAUGAUUAUAGAAGAUGAAGGAUACGUGGUUGAUCCUCAGAAGCGUUUUGAUUAUGGUGGUGACAAUGUGGAGCCUGAACAUGGUAGAGCUCAUCGCACACUUGAAGAAUAUAUUGAAGCGCAUAGAAAGAUCAGAGACAAGGACACCCAUGUGCAGUUGAAGGAAGACCUCAUCGAACACCUGUGGAACAAUCAUCCAGAUUUAUAUUCGUACAAUAUAUGA